AUGGUCGUCAAGUUCUCGGUCACGGCCUUCUACUCGGCCUUGUUGCUCUCAGGAAUUGUUCAAGCUGGUCCUCCACCAUACUGCAAACCCAUCCCAGGUUCUUCCGAUUGGCCAUCACAGGCAGAAUGGCAAGCAUUGAACACGUCCAUUUCAGGUCGUCUCAUCAAACCCGUUCCGCCAGGCCAAGUGUGCCAGGCCAACAGCUCGUCAUAUAGCGUCGUGGCGUGCGAAACGGUGAUUUCACAAUGGUCCAACUCAUCAUGGCAUGCGCAAGAUCCCUUCACCGCAGACUACAAUGAUGAUGCUUGCCUACCGAACGCCCAAGCGCCUUGUACGGCUGCAUUGUAUCCCGCUUAUGUCAUCAAUGCCACAAAUGUCACUCAUGUUCAAGCUGGAGUCAAAUUUGCCAAAAGGACAGGCGUGAGACUUAUAGUCAAGGGAACGGGACAUGAUAUUCCUGGACGGUCAUCCGGCCCCAACUCGCUCUCCAUUUACACGCACAAUAUCCGAGGCAUUGAUGUGAGCAUUGGAGAUGCCCGCGCUAGAAAGUACGGGGGUGUCGCUGCCGUCAAAAUCGGAGCGGGAAUGCGUAUGGGAGAGAUCUACAUGGUGGCCGCCCAACACAACCUUACGAUCGUUGGUGGAGGUGACAACGACGUCGGCAUAGGUGGCUGGAUCACAGCUGCUGGACAUAGUCCCCUCAGCAGCAAGUACGGUCUGGGAGCUGAUCAAGUACUUGAGAUGGAGGUGGUGACGGCGAAUGGCACGCAUUUGACCAUCAAUGAGAAUUCUUACCCCGGGUUGUUCUGGGCCAUGCGAGGCGGCGGCGGCUCCACGUUCGCAGUCAUGAUCUCGGUCACUGUUCGAGCGUAUCCAAGUGUGGGAAUGACCGCAUACACAUUCAGCUAUAACACGACCGGUAACACGGAUACCUUCUGGUCUCUGGUAACCUAUUUCCACAGCCAACUCCCCGCCAUCAACGACAAAGGGGUCAUGGGUUACUAUUGGAUAAUCCCAGAUGCUGGUGUAUCAGAUCCCAAUCCAGCGACUCGAGGCCAAAUCUUCGGCGCAUGGUUUGUUCCCGAGAAGUCUCCCGAGGAAGCAACCAAGAUCAUUUCUCCCAUGGAGCAGACCAUUCGCAACAACACCCGGAACUGGGAGGAUCCCGUUUCCGUUACUAACUCGUCCUAUGAGUUUCCGGACUUCUCAUCUGCGUGGUCCCUAUCCACGCCAGAGUCCGUGGGGCCAGAGCUGCGCCUUGGAUCUCGCCUAUUAACUCGACAGGCGCUUGAGGGCGAUCCUCAACGACUCAAGAAGUUGUGGAAGCAGACGACGACCAUUCCCCAGAAUAUUAUAUUAGGCCACAUGGUUGCUGGCCCCGGUGUCAAGAAUGUGAAGAUUCCGGGGGGAGGAAAUUCGGUCCUCCCAGCCUGGCGUGAUGCGUAUGUCCAUCUUGGUAAGCUGUUCCGUGGCCCCUUUCCUGAUGAUCCUGAUGAAAUCUCAAGACUCCGUGUCCUGACCGAUUGCACAGCCAUUCCCCGAACCUGGCCUUAUCUGAACGACACAGCAAAACUGGCCACGACCAAAUUGCUGCGCAACGUUGAGGUCGAGGCUCUCCGAGAAAUGGCGCCCCACUCGGGUGCCUAUAUCAAUGAAGCCGAUCCCACCGAGCCGAACUGGAAAAAGACAUUCUGGGGCUCAAAUUACCCUCGUUUGCUGGAGUUGAAGAAUUACUGGGACCCAGAUGGUGUAUUCUGGUGCAUUCCUUGUGUGGGCCAUGAUCAGUGGACAUUUAUUGGCAACGAAGGUAUUGAGGGCGGGAUCGGUCAGUCACUUGGUCGCAUCUGUAAGACUCAGUGA